AUGGAUCCCCUCUCGAUCAUAGCAAGCAGUGCUGCCAUAUUCGAUGCUUUGAAAUCUGCCUACAGAUUCGCCGAAGAUUUCAUCAAAGCCGGCGAGGAGCGUGAAGAUUUCAAGAGCCAGCUUAAUUGCGUUGCCGACUUGGAGUGGGCCCUUAAUCAAUGCAUCGAAAAGGGGAAAUCCGACCCUGAUGCAUCAUGGCUACAGCCACUGGAUCCUGUGAAUGCCAGUUCGCCGCUGGCUGGCCUGGAGAGGACCAUGGCUAAGAUGGUGAAGACGCUGAAGAUGAAGGAGUCAACCUUUAAGCAGAGGCUGAAAGACUUCAAAUGGCAUUCGGAGAAGAAGGCAAUGGAAGAAUUCUUCAGGGCUAUCCAGGGAUAUUGUCAGGCUAUCAACGUGAGGUUGAGCAUUGGGAACAUUAUUCUCUCGCGCAGCCAGAUGGCUUUAAUGAGAGAAACUCACGAGAUGACCAAAAACAUGGCGGCGAAUGGCGAGAGACAGCGAAAAGAGGAGCAAGCGCGGCGAGAAGAGGUUGAGCGGAAAGACAUCGAGCGCUGGCUUUCGCCCCUCGACUUCCAAGCCCGUCAACGCGAGAUUUUCGAGAUGGCUACCCGCUCAAGCAGUUGGUUUCUGGAUCUCCCUGAAUUCAAGUGCUGGAAGGAAGAUUCACUGGCUGUGCUACGUUGUUAUGGGGACACUGGAACGGGCAAAACAGUGCUCUCCUCUAUCGUGGUCAAUUAUUUGACAUGCGAAUUUUCCGCCAUUAGUCCAACUCUCUGCAUAUAUUUUGAGAAGACCCCAUCGAUCGCCCAUACACCCAAGAAAAUUCUGGGUAGCCUACUCAAGCAGUUAAUCCAGCUCAAGGGUCCAAGUGAAAUAUCUCCUGAUGUUUACCAAGCUUGGAAGAAAGCAACUGGCUUAAAUGCACAGCCAACGCAGAAUGAGUUGAUGGAGCUUUUCAAAGCUGAAGUUCAGUUUUAUAGUCGAAUCUACGUUGUCGUCGACGCAUUAGAUGAAGCCCCGAUUGAAUGCCGAGAUUUUAUCGAGAGGCAGCUCCGACGGCUCUCUUCAGAUAGGCUAAGGCUUUUGACCACAGCUAGGGGAGACGAAGAGCGGUCCGCCUAUGAGAUUCACUGUGAUAUCUGUAAACAGAAGGCGACUUUAUACUAUCGAUGCGUGAGUUGCCCUCAGGAGACCAGAAUUGACAUGUGCGCAGGUUGCAGAGGGAAAGAUGAAUCAUGCACUGUGGAUCCCACACACGAGUUCGCCUUGCCCAAUACCCUAGAGGUUGAUAUUAUUGCCGACAAAGAUGACCUGGAGCUCUACGUAAAAUCUAAAAUCAAGGAGCAGAUGCCUCCAGAAGAGGAUGUGGAUGACCUGGAUAUGAACUCGAGUCGCCGGAUUUCAACAAAAUUCGGACGGCACUGCCAUGACGACACAUCCCUCUUUAGUAUGAUUGUAUCUUCCAUUGUCGACAACUCUAUGGGAAAAUUUCUCCUUGCUAAAUUAUACACAAAUUCCUUGUCUAACAAGGUGACCAAAGGGGAUAUCAAGAGGGCCGCAAGAGAGAUGGAAAAUAGACAGUACAGUCUUUCGGAUACAAUCAACCGGUUAUACGAGGCCGACCUGAAAGACCGCAUUGAAAGCCAAGAACCUCUUUCGCAUAGAAAACUUGCCCUCAAAAUCCUAUCCUUAGUCUAUUAUGCGCAGCGAAACUUGCGACUAAGAGAACUACAGCAUGCACUCGCAACUCGCCAUGGCGAGACUGAGUACGACCCCGACGACGAAAUGGACGAGCAAGAAAUAUUGAGAUUUACAAAAGGCUUCAUCACAAUUGGCAGAGACAAGGAUUCGGUCGUACGUCUGGACGACCGCACAUUAUAUGAAUAUUUUGAUCAGACUCGUGGCUACUGGUUUCCUCAAGGAGAGGUAGAGUUUGCGAAAAUAUGCCUUAGCUACUUUGGAUUUGACACAUUUUCCAAGUCUUGUUCUACUGAGUUGUUUGCUAUAAAGGAGCAAAAGCAUGCCCUCCUUGCUUACACAGUUGAGCACUGGGGUGAUCAUGUUCGAAACGCCGGCAUAGAGGUAAAGAUGGCGGCUGUUGAGUUUCUCCAGGAUAAGUCACGUAUUCAAGCCUAUGUCCAAGCCGCAUGGGAAACCGAUACACAUGAGCAGUACAAAUGGGAUGUUCGCCGGGAUAUUCAUGCUCUCCACAUAUGCGCCUGGUUCAAUUUGGAGGCAUUGCUAUCGGCACUUGAUUCGAAACCUCUGGAUAUUGAUGUCCAAGAAGAAACGUAUGGGCAGACUCCACUCAUGUACGCGUGCAGGAGAGGCAAUAUUGAAAUAGCUCGGCGCCUGCUAGUAUUAGGCGCGUCCGUCAAUAUGACCAGUGAAAGAGGGAGGACGGCCCUAUUCGAAGCUGUUCUUCAGAAAAAUGAUGAGAUGGUGGAUCUUCUCCUGGAUUUUGAUCUCAGGGGCCAGGAUGUGGACGUUAAUGCAAGGAACACCAAGCUCUUCAAUCGUACACCACUGAUAACGGCUAUUCGCCAGUCCUCUGAUGAGGUUGCCUACGAGCACUCUCUUAGCAUUGCGCACGCUUUGCUGAAACAUCCGAACAUUUCAGUCAAUCUCGAGGACUCCAUUGGCUAUACUGCACUAUCCCUCGCCGCUUACUACGACCUUGAAAGUGUUGUCAACAAACUUCUAUCAUUCUCCAAUAUUGCUAUUGACGUAACCGAGAAGGAGGGCGGGCGCUCUGCGUUGAUAUUAGCUGCCGAGCGGAAUCAUGUAAACGUCUUAACUUCUUUACUGGAUGGCGGUGCGGAUCCCAAUCUCAAGGAUACUCGAGGUGGCACUGCGAUAUUGAGAGCCGCCGAGGAAGGGCACAUGGAAGCUCUACAAAUUUUAAUCGACUUGAAGGCAGAUCUUACUUUCACAGAUGAAGACAGCCGGACGGUGGUCCAUGUAGCUUCUGAGGGUGGGCAUAUUGACGUCCUUGAGUUGUUAAAAGACCACCCAGUAGAAGUCAAUGCUCGUGAUAAGUAUGGCUUGACCCCCUUCCACAGGGCUUGCCAUGCCGGCCAGCUAGAAGCUGGGCGAUACUUGCUCGAGUUAGGAGCCGAUUCAGCUAUCCAGGAUUCCUUCCAAAGGACCCCCUUUGUGGUAGCGUGGCAAUAUGGCCAAACAGAUCUUAUGGAUCUUUGUAGAGACGUGGGAACUAGUACAGAGGCCGACACAGCGCAGAUCAUCAAGUCUGAAAAGCUUCCUAUAUGGUCUCUUGUCUGUCUACACCGUCUCGAUCUCCUCACCGAGGCAAAGAGCUCUCGGGAAGCAGACUUCUGCACUCGAGAGCCUGGAACGGGCAGUACCGCCCUUCACUGCGCCAUCGUCAGCAACGACGACCGAACCGCAUGUAUUAUCCUAGAUCUUCUCCUAUCAUCUCCGGCACAGCCUCUUCUAGACGCCCUAGAUAAGUUCAAGCAAACUCCUCUGCAUUUGGCAGCUAUACAUGAACACAUUGAAUGCACCAAACUUCUUCUCAGCCAUGAGCCGCUCCUCGACGAGGUCAGCCGCUUUGGCUACACACCUCUUACCAUCGCCUACAUCAACCAGCGUUUUGACAUUGCCGUCGCUCUCGUUGAAGCUGGCGCCACUAUCAGUCCAGAGUCAAGCGUCGAUAUCCAGAUAAUGCUUUUCGCAGCCAUCGAGCUCCAAAACAUCGGAGCAGUAGAGAACCUUAUGAAAGCUGGUGCGGAUCGCAUCGCGCAAGACGAAUAUGGCCGCACAGCAGAUAUGCUUGCUAAGCGGAUAGGUAACGGGGAGAUUCUGCGGGUACUGCAGCCGUACCGGAGCUUUAUGUUCAAGAUCAAGGUCAAAGAGCAGAAGCAGACGGUGCUGGAUACUGUAUCCAUAGUAGAGAGUGAGACAUAUGGGGAUGACCAUGCGGAGGAAGGAGAAAUGAAGAUUUCGUUGAAGGAAAUCUCCUUUAAGCCAUUUAGGACAAGGCAUGUGGAGUUGGAAACGUAG